GUGUGGUUGAUCAACGUAAGAAGAUAUGGGACCAAAGUGUAUAUGUAUUAUGGUAAUCAUGUGGUUGUCAAUGGAUGGUGGGUGGUGUCAUGGGUGUUGGGAGCAGGAGAGACAUGCUCUCUUACAACUCAAACCUUUUUUCAAUCAGUUAAACUGGGUGGAGGGUGACGAGACUUCAGACUGUUGUAAGUGGGAAGGGGUUGAGUGCAGUCCUGCCACAGGGCGAGUGAUUACACUCUUCCUUGGUGGAAGUAGAGGAUUGUACUUGCCGGUGUUGUAUAUCAAUACCUCUUUGUUUCUCCCGUUUGAGGAAUUGAAAGAACUUAACUUGGCGUCCAAUAAUAUAGUUGGUUGCAUUGAGCAUGAAGGUUUUGAAAGAUUGUCCACGUUGAGCAAUUUGGAGGUGCUUGACUUGGGCUUCAAUGACUUCGACAACAACGUCAUAUCAUCUCUGCGAGGUCUUUCUUCCUUAAAUAUUUUAUAUUUGGACGACAAUCAAUUGAAAGGAACAAUUGAUAGCCAUGAAUUCGACUCUCUGAACAACUUGGAGGAGUUAGAUAUGAGCGGCAAUAAGAUUGAAAGCUUUGGAUCUCUUCGAGGCAAAAGAACUUUGAGCAAGUUGAAAGUUCUUGAUCUAGGAAGCCAACAGAUCAAUACAAACAUUCAACUGCAAUCGUUAGGGUCAAUUCCAAACCUCAGGAGACUUGAUCUUAGAAAUAACUACUUAAAUGGAACGACAACUACUCAAGAGUUGGGUAAUUUGAGUGCGCUGGAAGAAUUUUUCCUGGAUGAUUCUCUUAUACCCACAGACUUUCUCCAAAGAAUUGGAUCAUUGACUUCUCUCAAAGUUUUGAGUUUGAAUGGUUGUGGACUCAAAGGAAUCCUGCCUACUCAAGGCUGGUGCGAAUUGAAGAACUUGCAAGGGCUUUAUCUCAAUUCAAAUGAACUUGAAGGGACACUCCCACCAUGUUUAGGAAACUUGUCAUCUCUUCAAGAAAUGGAUAUCUAUUCCAAUCAAUUCAAUGGAAAUAUCACCUCCACUCCCAUACCCAAUCUCAUUUCUCUUCAAAGCCUCUGGCUUGAACGUAAUCACAUUGAAGUCCCAAUGUCAUUAAAGCCAUUGGCAAAUCUCUCAAAUCUCAAGCAUUUCCAAGCUGGUAACAUUGUUCUCGAUCUUGAAAGCCAAUUCUGGACUCCAAGAUUUCAACUAGAGUCAUUGAGUUUGGGGAGUUCUCUAUUCAAGAAAUCAAAACCACAUCUUCCCAAUUUCCUCUAUUAUCAAAAUGACUUGAAAAGUAUUGAUCUAUCCGGUUGUGAGUUUGGAGGUGCGUUCCCAACUUGGUUGCUUGAGAAUAACACAUUAUUACAUCUCAUUAAUUUGAGAGGUAACUACUUUACGGGUCCAUUGUUAUUGCCAUCACAUUCUAAUCUGGAGCUCUCUAGGAUAGAUAUAUCUGACAACCAGGUACAAGGUCAAAUUCCUACAAAUGUAAGUGUAAUUUUUCCAAAUCUGCAGUUCCUAGAUAUGUCUGAAAACUUUUUCUACGGCGAGAUUCCUACAGGAUUUGGUGAGAUGGAGUCAUUAGAAAGUUUGGACUUAUCAGACAAUCAAUUUUCUGGAGGAAUACCAAGGCAGUCUGACAAGCAGAGGUCCUCGUUGAAGUAUAUUAAACUAUCAAACAACAAAUUGCAUGGGCAUAUACUUCCAACCGAUUUUAACUCUACCACAUUAGAGAGUCUUGAAUUGGAUGGCAACAACUUUGUGGGAGAGAUACCUACUCUCUCAGCCUUUCCCUCUUUGAUACAAUUGGACUUCAGCAAUAACUUCCUAUCUAGCAUUGGAAGCUUAUCAAACAUCUCGUAUUUAUCCAGUAUUGCUAUGUCCAAUAAUUGUUUUAAGGGAACAAUUCUGUUGGAGUUCUGCAAGAUUCAUGGACUUCGUUUUCUGGAUCUGUCUAAGAAUUAUUUGUCCGGCUCUAUACCACGUUGUUUCAGUCAGUUACAGUAUCUCAGCCAUGUCCAUUUAAAUAAUAACAGGCUCGGAGGUCGAUUACCACAUGAUUCUCUUAACAACUCUUCUAUUCUGGUGGUAGACAUCAGAGAUAACAGCUUCAGCGGCACCAUCCCAAGUUGGAUCGGCAAUAUGUCAUGGUUGGGUGUUCUUAUUCUACGAGCGAACCAGUUCCAUGGUGAGAUUCCUAUUGGCUUAUGCAGUCUAAACCAAUUGAGCAUCUUGGAUCUUUCGUCGAAUAAUUUAUCUGGUCAUCUGCCUCCCUGUUUGAGUAAUUUCAAUUUUGCAACUAGAGAGGACAACCAUUUGUUAUAUAAUUUUACGUCCUAUGAGGAAGAAGUUGUGGAAUUUAUGGCAAAGAGUAGUUUCCUCAAUUACUCAGGAAGAAUCCUCAAUUACAUGUUCGGAAUUGAUCUGUCUUGCAACAAAUUCACAGGUGAAAUCCCACUUGAAUUUGGAAACUUAAGCAAUAUCAAAUCUCUGAAUCUAUCGCACAACAAGCUAACCGGACAAAUUCCCACAACAUUCGCAAACUUGAAGCAGAUUGAGGGUUUGGAUCUUUCUUACAACUGCUUGAUUGGUCUAAUCCCUCCUCAACUUACAGAGUUGAACUCUCUAGCAGUUUUCAGAGUGGCACACAACAAUUUGUCAGGUCCGAUUCCGGACAGGAAAGGUUAGUUUAUAACAUUUGAUGAAAGUAGUUAUGAGGGAAACCCUUUUCUUUGUGGACCUCCGUUGACUGAAAGUUGCAAAGAAACUAUUUCUACAUUACCAUCUCCAAAUGCCUUCCUUAAUGAAGAUGAAGAUGAUGGUUUUAUGGAUACCUAUGUUUUCUAUGUGACUUUUGUGGUGUCUUAUGUUAUGGUACUGUUGGGAAUAAUGGCAGUUCUAUACAUAAAUCCGCAUUGGCGACGAGCAUGGUUUUACAGAAUAGAAGUGUGUGUCACCACUUGCUAUUAUUUCAUGGAAGACAAUUUCUGGAAUGUGUAGGUUUUUCUGCAGAUAGUGGUGGUCAAGGUUCCCUAGUAGCCUUUUGAUGUUCCAACUCUGAUUAUGGAUCAAUCAAUCUUUAUGAAAUCUUGUCUAUUGAAUAUUUUUCCUCUGUAACAACUGGUUAAGAAAUUGUUUUAGUUCA